AUGGCCGGGUGGAGCUGCCUUGUGACAGGUGCUGGAGGCUUCCUGGGGCAGAGGAUCGUCCGCCUGUUGGUGGAGGAGACCGAGCUGCAGGAGAUCCGGGUGCUGGACAAAGUCUUCAGACCCGAGUUGCGGGAGGAGUUUUCUAAGCUCCAGAGCAAGAUCAAGCUGACCCUGCUGGAAGGAGAUAUUCUGGACGAACAAUUCAUGAAGAGAGCUUGCCAGGGCACUUCGACUGUCAUUCACACCGCCGCCGUCAUUGACGUCUUCAAUGUGCUCCCGCCUGAGACCAUCAUGAAUGUCAACCUGAAAGGUACCCAAAUCCUGCUGGAGGCCUGUGCCCAGGCCAGUGUGCCCAUCUUCAUUUACACCAGCACCAUAGAGGUGGCUGCACCCAACUCCUACAGGGAGACCAUCCAGAAUGCCUGCGAAGAGGAGCAUCUCGAGACCUCGUGGUCGGCUGUGUACCCACGGAGCAAAAAGCUUGCCGAGAAGGCCGUGCUGGCAGCGAAUGGGUGGGCCCUUAAAAAUGGUGGCACCUUGUACACUUGCGCCUUAAGGCCCACGUACAUCUAUGGGGAAGGAAACCCAUUCCUUCAUGGCUUUAUUGACCACGCCCUGAGAAACAAUGGCAUCCUGCCACGGAACAGCAAGUUCUCCAUUGUCAACCCAGUCUAUGUUGGCAACGCGGCCUGGGCCCACAUCCUGGCCCUGAGGGCCCUGCGGGACCCUGAGAAAGCCCCCAACAUCCAAGGACAGUUCUACUACAUCUCAGAUGACACACCUCACCAAAGUUACGACGAGCUCAACUACACUUUGAGCAAAGAAUGGGGCUUCUCCCUUGACUCCGGAAUGAGCCUGCCUGUAUCCCUGAAGUACUGGCUUGGCUUCCUGCUGGAAAUGGUGAGCUUCCUGCUCAGUCCCGUCUACAGGUAUCAACCCCCCUUCGACCGCCACGCAGUGACACUGCUAAAUAGUGUGUACACUUUCUCCUAUAAGAAAGCUCAGCAAGAGCUGGGCUAUGAGCCUCUCUUCAGCUGGGAGAAGGCCAAGCAGAACACCACGGAGUGGGUUGGCUCCCUGGUGGAGCAGCACAAGAAAGCCCUGAAAACAGAGACUCACUGA